AUGCCAUCAACAGUCAGUGAUAAAGUCCUCCUCAUCCCAGGACUAUCAUAUGUCUUUGCUAGAAGCAUCCUCGCCUUAGUAGGCAGUCCUCUUCGAGGGACAAAGGGCGCUCCGACAGUUAGUGACCAUGUCUUGCGAACCGCCUUUCGCACUAUGUUCACACACUUGACAACUGGUCAAUUGCAAAUAUUACUUCCUCCAUUCACGACUAUCUACACCAAAUUCUGCAGUCAAAAAAACUUGACCCCUCGAUCGGUCGAUAUUCCCAAUACCAAGACAAAAGGCUUCUGGCUCGGCGACCCAGACUCGGCGACCUAUGUAAUGGCUUAUUUCCAUGGCGGCGGCUUCGUAAUGCCUGGGCUGCCUCAGCAUCUCGAGUUCCUCUCCCGCGUCGUCCAGUGGUCCAAUGGGAAACUUGCAGUCUUCUGCAACGCAUACACCCUCGCCCCAGAAGGCCUCUACCCACUUCAAAUUGCCGAAUGCGUUGAGGCACUACGCUAUGUGCUCUCUCUGCCCAAUCGUACGCCAGACACAACCAUGGUAGGCGGCGACUCUGCUGGGGGAAAUUUGGUUUGUUGCGUACUCAGCCAUAUAUCGAAUCACCCACACCCGAGGCCAGACGUCGUGAAGCCGUUCGAUCUGGCCGGGAAAUUGCACGGCGCCCUCAUGAUCGCACCGUGGGUCUCAUCGGAUGCCUCCCAGUUCAAAUCGAUGACCGAAUUUGCGAAGCGAGAUGUCGUGAACACAGAAUGUGCGAAUUACUGGAUUGACGUGUACAAGGGCCGGGGAAAGGGCAUCCAGGACGAUGAGUACACUGUCCCAGAACAAGCCCCGCCAAGUUGGUGGUCUGGUGUCAAGGUAUCUUCGGUGCUCAUCACAGUAGGGGACGAAGAAGUUUUGCGCGAUGGAAUCACUUCUUUCGCAAGCAAAUUCAAGGAAGGUGUCGGUAGUGACGUUUUGAAGCUCGUAGUGGGAAAGAGAGAGAUCCAUGAUGCCCCCUUGUAUCCAUUACCAGACAGUGAGCUUGACAAACUGGGUGACACGUGUCAGGAGGGUGCUAUCAAAAUGUGGCUCAAAGAAAAACUGCAGUAA